GCGGAAAAAUUGUUUGACAGUUUGUUAGGAAGCUAACGCAGCCACCUAGAAAACGGCUUCCUGCAUCGAGUUUGAUUUAGUUUGACCUUCUUUUUCUCUCUCUCUUUUUCAUCAAUUUGAGCACUAUCAUGACAUCCAUAGAUGAAAGUGACAAAGAAAAGCUGCGCUCUGUGUCAGUAGACUUGAACAAUGACACAGCACUUCUCAUUGACAUUCCUGAUGCUCUGUGUGAAAGGGAUAAAGUCAAGUUCACAGUCCAUACGAAGACUACACUGACCUCCUUCCAGAAGCCAGACUUCUCUGUUCCUAGGCAGCAUGAAGAUUUCAUCUGGUUGCAUGAUGCUCUGGUUGAAACCGAGGACUAUGCCGGUCUGAUCAUCCCUCCAGCUCCCCCCAAGCCGGAUUUUGAGAGUCCAAGAGAUAAGAUGCACAAACUGGGGGAAGGUGAAUCGACUAUGACUAAAGAGGAAUAUACCAAAAUGAAGCAGGAGUUGGAGGCUGAAUACCUGGCUGUCUUCAAGAAAACAGUUCAAGUUCACGAAGUCUUUCUGCAGAGAUUGUCUUCUCACCCUGUUUUAAGCAAGGACAGAAACUUCCAGAUUUUCUUAGAGUAUGACCAGGAUCUCAGUGUGAGGAGAAAGAAUGCCAAGGAGAUGUUUGGAGGGUUCUUCAAAAACAUGGUGAAGUCUGCAGAUGAGGUCCUCAUCUCAGGAAUAAAGGAAGUAGAUGACUUUUUUGAGCAGGAGAAAACAUUUUUGCUUGACUACUACAGCAAAAUAAAGGAUUCCACUGCCAAAGCGGAGAAAAUGACACGUUCACACAAAAAUAUUGCAGAUGAUUACAUUCACAUUUCUGCCACUUUGAACAGCCUCUGUGCUGAAGACAGUACACCAAAUAAGAAAAAUCUGGAGAAGCUGUCAGACCUGUUUGAGAGACUCAGAAAAGUGGAGGGAAGAGUAGCAUCAGACCAAGAGCUGAAACUCACAGAGCUGCUGAGAUACUACAUGAGGGACAUCCAGGCGGCCAAGGACCUUCUGUACCGGCGAGCUCGAGCAUUGGUUGACUACGAGAACUCGAACAAGGCCCUGGAUAAAGCCAGACUGAAGAGCAAGGACAUUCCCCAGGCAGAGGAACACCAGCGACAGUGCCUGCAGAAAUUUGACAAGUUGUCAGAAUCUGCCAAGAAAGAACUCACGAGCUUCAAGGGCAGACGAGUUGUGGCCUUCAGGAAAAACCUCAUAGAAAUGGCUGAGCUUGAAAAAAACCCCCCAAAGAACAAUGUGGCUCUUUUGCAAGGAUGCGUUGAUCUCCUCAAGAACAACUGACAUGUCUUCAAGCAUUAAUGUUCCAGCAUCACUAAGUGACCAAUCUUUACAAAUGGAACCCCGGCAUCCCAGGGAUGUUGCAUCGACAUGCCUCCAAACGCCAUGUCUGCUCCAACCUGGAUCUGAUGCGACUUUAAAGCCCCGCCUGUAUCCUCUAAGCACAAUGUCCUCAUGUUUACAGAGUCCCUGUCUUCUGCCCUUUGGUCCAUCUGUCUUAUUUAAUGUGGAGCUGUAACUCAAUGUGAAUGUCUCCUGAGAAUUAGAUUGCCAUCACGAAGGCCUUCCAUAAAUAUGCACACUUAAUGGAUGUGAAA